CCUGUUCUAAGCUUUUCCCUGUAACGAUUAGUACCAAAUCCACACGGCAGACAAAGAUGAUGCCAGGUUCAAAAAUAGUUCUUCCAAGCUCUAAUGUUGAUGAUUAUACUGCAACAGCUCUUCGUAGCAUAAUUUCACAUAUUGUGAACCCUACCCGUGUGAAGGGUAGAAGCAGCGGCAAAGAAAUCUACAAGAUUGAGAAUUGUCCGAGUUGGUGGCCAAAAGAUGUGCUGUUUUCUUCUGUGUUAGUGCCCAAGGCUGUCACAAAUGGUGUCACUGCUGUACACCGAAGAAAGAUUUUGGCAGCUUUCUUGGAGAAUUGUCCGGACCAGUACACAAUAUCACCUCCAGUUGAUCAGCGAAACUCUGCCUCGACCAUUAGAACUGACCAACCAGCAGUUGGUACAAAGAGAGCCUGGAUGCCAGGCUCAAAGAUAAUUCUUCCAAGCUCUGAUGCUGAGCAAUAUACUGGAAACGUUCUUCUGAACACAGUUUCAAGUAUUGCCAAGCGUAAAGGUCAGAGUGGCGGCAGGAACGCCUAUACGAGUGAUAAUCGUCCAAGUUGGUGGCCAAAAGAUGUGGUGUUUUCCUGUUUGAAAGGGUCCAAGGCUACCAUGAAUGGUAUCACUACAGUACACCAGAGAAAAGUAUUGGCAGCUUUCUUGGAGAAAUGUCCGGAGCAGUACACAAUAUCACCUCCAGUUGAUCAGCAAAACUCUGCCUCGACAGUUGAAACUGACCAACCGGAAUACCCUGCAGUUGGUACAAAGAGAGCCAGGAUGAUGCCAGGCUCAAAGAUAGUUUUUCCAAGCUCUAAUGUUUAUGAAUAUUCUGGAAACAUUCUUCAGAGCUUAAUAUCACGUAUUGCAAGCUCUGAAGGUUGGGGCAGAAACUUCUACACAAGUGAUAAUCGUCCAAAUUGGUGGCCAAAAGAUGUGGCGUUUACUCCUAUGACCGGGCACAAAACUACUGGUAUUGUCACUACUGUACAUCGGAGAAAGGUAUUGGCAGCUUUCCUGGAGAAAUGUCCUGAGCAGUACACAAUAUCACCUGCGGCGUGGCUACCCUCUUCCCGACUCGUUCGUGUUAAGAAACCAGUAAGAGAAGUCAGCCCACAAAGUUCCUCUGAAAGUUUCUCUGAAAGUGAUCAAGAAGAGCCUGUAGGAAUGAACCAAACACCACCUACUGGAGCUUAUCGUACCCAAUCAGUUGGAGCCGCCACAAUCAACACUGCUGCACAACAUGUAAACCCAAAGCUUAUCCUACCCAGCUUGUGUGCAAAUGACUAUUAUCAACCUGCUCUCAUUUCGCUACUUCAAAAUAUUUUAAAUCCCCAACGGCGACAAUUCAUAUACUCCAGUGCUAAUUGUCCCAGCUGGUGGCCGACUGAUGUACCAUUCAUUAGGGCGGAAGAUAUGGAAGCUAAGGACAGGACAAAAGUACUGACAGCUUUCCUGGAGAAAUGCCCUGAGCAGUACACAAUAUCACCUCGAGUUGAUCAGCAAAACUCUGCCUCGAUAGUUGAAACUGACCAACCAGAAGACCCUGCAGUUGGUACAAAGAGAGCCAGGAUGAUGCCAAGCUCAAAGAUAGUUCUUCCAAGCUCUGAUGCUGAGGAAUAUUCUGGAAACUUUCUUCGUGACACAAUUUCACAUAGUGUGAACCCUAGAGAUAUGGAAGCUAAGGACAGGACAAAAGCACUUUCAGCUUUCCUGGAGAAAUGUCCUGACCAGUACACAAUAUCACCUCCAGUUGAUCAACAAAACUCUGUCUCGAUAGUUGAAACUGACCAACCAGAUGACACCAUCGCUGAUGUACAAACGAAUGCAAAUGAAUCUGAUGCUGAAUCUGAUGCUAGCAUAACAAGUGACCCCGAAGACCUGGUGAAUACUCUAGAGCAGCACCUUCUGGAUUCUAGGAAAAGAAGGCUUGAGGCUGAGAGGAAAGUUGAGGAGCUGACGAAAGAAGUCAAACGUCUCAGAGAAGAAAGGAAGUUCAUAGGUUCUAUUGUGAAACGAUCACGACUCCAUCACUAGUACCAGUGUUUAGUCCCUCAUACCUAACUGUCCAUUUACUUUGUAAAAUCAAAGAUCACAUUUUGGUUACCUUCCUGGUCAUUCAUCCACGGUGGAUUAAGUUUUCUAAUUUAUAUCACAUUUCUUUAUCUAAAAUAGUUUGUUGUAUUCUCCAGCAUUGCUUAGCUUCUCUCACUCUCAUUCUUGUAUGUAGAUCUACUCCCUCUAUUCAUGAUCAUGCUGCCAGAACAUUUGACAUCCAUGAAUUGCAAA